UAGCUUUGCGUCUGUCAUCAUGAUUAAACAAACUGGCAGUAUAUUUAGUGCACAUGAGCAGAGUUUGUCUGACAGCUGGUCACAAGUUACCCCACGCCCUGGGCGGUGCCAGUUUAAGUUCAAUGACAGAUGACUAGUUAGUGUGAUAAACACCGGGCACACAAAUGUCCUCAGCGAUGCAUAGCAAUCGGAAAGAGCAUUUGUACAAAAUCCUUGUCAUCGGUGAUUUGGGAGUAGGGAAGACCAGCAUCAUCAAACGGUAUGUGCAUCAGACGUACUCCACUAACUACAGAGCGACCAUCGGGGUGGAUUUUGCGCUCAAAGUUCUCAACUGGGAUUCAGAGACGGUCCGGCUGCAGCUGUGGGACAUCGCAGGUCAGGAGCGGUUCGGGAACAUGACGCGGGUUUAUUACCGGGAGGCCAUGGGGGCUAUCAUUGUUUUUGAUGUUUCCAGACCCACCACGUUUGAGGCUGUCUCCAAAUGGAAGGAGGAUCUGGACUCAAAAUUAAUACUUUCAAAUGGCCAGAAUAUCGCCACAGUGCUCCUGGCCAAUAAGUGCGACCAAAAUAGAGACUUUCUGACUAACAACAGCCUGAAGAUGGACCAGUACUGCAAGGAGAAUGGAUUUGUGGGCUGGUUUGAGACAUCUGCUAAGGAAAACGUCAACAUUAAUGAAGCCGCCAACUUCCUUGUGAAACACAUAAUUGCCAGUGAGAAUGAUAUCUUGAAAUCAGUGGUUCCAGAUACCAUCUCUCCUCAGCUCCACUCUGAUAAAGAAAUGACCUGUUCUGCAUGUUUCAAACCCUGAGAGAAGGUGGCAUUGAUCUAUAGCAGCAGUAUUGGUGGUCCUUGGACUCAAGAGGAUGACCUUCACACCCUCAUCCCUUCAAUUCCAGCACUUUGGUCAACCACUGAUAAGCCGCAACCACCACAGAGAUCUGUCCGUUAGUUACAGCAUUAAAUUACAGACACUUUGAGUUUGAAAACAGAGUAAAUGUAUUUAUGGUUGAAGCUGCACUUUUCGUUUUUUUUGUCUUUUUAUGUUAUUUAUGUCUAACAAAUCCUGGGGAGUUCUAGACUGGCAUGCUUGACUGAACAAGGUGAGCGAUUAGAACUUCUUUCUGUCAGACACAGACAGCUGAUUAUACUUUCAGAAACAGAAAUGUUUUACCAGUAUGUACAUCAAAAUAUAGUUAUUAUUUCUGGUUCUGGUGGACUGAGUUUUAAUAACCCCAGUGUUAUAUGAAAAAUAACAUUAUACUUUUUUUGACUGUCUUUAAUGUGCAACACCCAUGUCAAGAAACUUUCAGAAGUGUUUUGCAUCUGCAUUUUAGCAAUAUUCCUGAUUAAAUGUCACUAAAAUUUUUAAA